AGGUUGGGCCACACGUCCCACAGCAGCAGCAGCAGCAGCAGCAGCAGCAGCAGCAGACAUGGGCUGCAGACGCACUGACUGCCUCUCAAAGCCUCUGUCAGGCCUUUUUGCAAAGCUUGGCUCAACCGUAGGCUCACAUCCUUUAUUCUUCUUCAUUAUUCCUAUCUUUGUCUCUGCAGCGCUCGGUGCUGGCUUCGUUUUUCUUAAGGACCAUGAAGACAAUGAUUUUGAAAGGCAGUUCACCCCCAUGAAAGGCCCCUCCAAGGUCACCAGGGCUCUGGUGAAAGAAAACUUUCCUUACGACCACUCCCUGUUCUCUGAGGACAGGCUCUACAGCGGCGGCAGGUUCGCGUCCAUCAUCGCCGUGGCCCAGAACCACAACCUUCUGGACAGCCCCGCUUUAGAGGAGCUCACCAGACUCAACGACAAGGUCCUCAACAUCACCGUGGACGGCAGGCGGCUGGGGUUCAGCGACGUUUGCGCCAGAGUGGACAGAGAGUGCGUCUCAAACGUCGUCCUGGAGAUCAUCAACUCCAGAAAAACCCAUCAGACCAGCAUCACCUACCCAGAACACUCCCACGGGUCGGAGACCGUCUUCCUGGGCUCUGCACUCGGUGGAGUCACCACGGACGCCAACGGCACAGUCGCCAGUGCUCAGGCUGUCAGGCUCACCUACUUCCUCAACGACCAAGAAAGCUCGUCUGAGGCCGCCAAGCUGUGGCUGAGAAGAUUCAAAGCUCUGCUGUCCGAGGAGCCAAGCAGCAAGCACGUUGACGUGUCGUACUUCACCUCCAAAUCCAAGCAGGAGGAGAUUGACAGUCACACCACAGAUGGCUUCCCUUUGUUCCUCAUCACUUACGCUUUUGCCAUCAGCUUCUCUGUCAUAUCUUGCAUGAGGGUUGAUAAUGUGAGGAACAAAGUCUGGGUGGCGGUCUUUGGUGUCGUCUCCUCUGGCCUGGCUGUCGUCUCCUCGUUUGGUUUACUGCUCUAUAUCGGAGUACCUUUUGUCAUCACUGUGGCAAACUCUCCUUUCCUAAUACUCGGAAUCGGUCUCAACAACAUGUUCAUCAUGGUGUCCGACUGGCAGCACAGCAACGUGAAAGACUCCGUCCCGAAGCGAAUGGCUCACACUUACGAGGAAGCCGUCAUGUCCAUCACCAUCACGGCCCUGACGGAUGUCCUCAAGUUCUUCAUAGGUGUCAUGUCUGACUUCCGGGCGGUCCAGUCCUUCUGCUUGUACACCGCCACCUCCAUAUUUUUCUGCUACAUCUACACAGUCACCUUUUUGGGGGCGUUCAUGGCGUUGAACGGGAAGCGAGAGGCUGGCAACAGGCACUGGUUGACCUGCAUGGAGAUCCCGACGGUCAAACCCAUUGACCGUCCUGAUAUGUACAACUUCUGCUGUGUGGGCGGGGACUACGACAAGACCACAGGAGCAGAGAAAAAAAAGCUGGCCAGUAAUUUCUUUAAGGAUUGUUUUGGCCCAUUUCUGGUUAAAUCCUGGGUCAAAGGAUUGGUCAUCGUCAUUUAUCUGGUUUAUUUGGGCAUGAGCAUUUUUGGAUGUUUCAACGUCCAGCAGGGGAUUGAGCUGUACGAUCUGGCGGCAGAUAACUCCCACGUCACGAGGUUCAUCAAGAAGGAGAGGCAGUACUUCUCCGACUACGGUCCGUCCAUCAUGGUCAUCGUGAAGGAAGAAUUCCCGUACUGGGAUCACGUCAAGAGGCAACAACUUCAAGGAUGUCUGGAAGAUUUCAAAGGACUCUGGUUCGUGGAUAAGGAGAUCUCCACAUCGUGGCUUGACUCCUUCCUAUCGUACGGACAAGAGAGACACCUGAACCUCAACGAUAAAGAGGCUUUUCUCAAUAAUCUGACAGAGUUUUUUGAAGACUCCCCAGUUUUCAAGCAGGACGUGAACCUCACAGGAGACGUCCUCACCGCGUCCCGCUUCUUCAUCCAGACAGUGGACGUUGCAAACGCCAGCACAGAAAUCGAGAUGCUUCAAGGCCUGAAAUACAUCGCAGACCAGUGCAGAGUAGCGUCUCUAACCGUCUACAACAAGGACUUCAUUUACUUUGACCAAUACGACGUGGUGGUGAAGAGCAUCAUCAAGAACGUGGCAGUGAUCUCGGCGGUGAUGCUGGUGGUCUCCCUGCUGCUGAUCCCAGACCCCGUCUGCGCGUUGCUGGUGACCUGCUCUAUCGGGUCGGUGAUGGUGGGGGUGACCGGCUUCAUGGCGCUGUGGGACAUCAGCCUGGACUCCAUCUCCAUGAUCAUCUUCACCGUUUGCAUCGGCUUCACGGUGGAUUUCUCCGCCCACGUGUCCUACGCCUUCGCCUCCAGCAAAAAGCAGAGUCCCAACGAGAAGGCGGUGGAGGCCCUCUCCAACCUGGGCUACCCCAUACUGCAGGGCACUCUGUCUACGAUCUUAGGCCUCUCGGCGCUGAUCUGGUCGGAGUUCCACACCUUCAGAACAUUCUUCCAGAUCUUCUUCCUUGUCAUGUUCCUCGGGAUGGUCCACGGUCUCAUUUUCAUUCCUGUAAUUCUAACACUCUUCACCUGCUGCUCUCGUGAGUCCAAGAAAGACUUGAAAAUGACCAGAAUGUGACCAAAAAAAGAACAAUUUCUGGACUUUUUAGAAAUAAAUCAUAGAUAUUUUUGAAUUUUUUUGUAAUAUUUGCUUUCAAAGUGAAUUAAGUAUCAGUAUGAACUUUGAGUUCCAUCUAUCACUGGUGACAAAAAUACUUGUUUUUUUACAUUUAAGUUAUUCUAUUUAAUAUUUUCCCUUUUCUUGGUUAUUAGUUGAUUUUAACAAGCUGUCCUCUUCAUUGCUUUUUUUAUUGUAUCACAAAUAUUUCUAGUUUCUAGUGUUACGAACAUGAUUUUCCAUUGAAUUUGUUUUUCAUAUUGUAAAACUUAGCAAUAAAUGUUAUGUUUUGUACAA